AUGCCUCUUAUUACGACUGUGGCUAUCACCGCUCUGCUUCCGAACUUGCUUAAUAAAAGCGGUAAAAUUUUGCCAUCAGCCGAUGGCCCACACCCGAUCUAUCACAGCUUGGUGACAGUGCUUCGUCUUUCAAGUCAGCUCAAGCCGCGCCGCAAAGUCAUAUUAGAACAGCAUGUGGUGUCAAAAUCACAUGCUACAAGGCACAUCAAACAUGAGAUGCGACUAUGUGGAGUAGAUGUACCACAAGCGUCAAGGCAGCGAUCAGCAUUCUGGAAAUAA